AUGGGAAUCCGUGGACUAUGGGAGCGAGUCGCUUUAUCUGCUGAAAACCGAACUCUCAAGGAACUUGCAGUGUCAGAGCUGAAGACUGAAGACGUUGAAGGUGACUGCAAGCUCCGAUUAUUUAAGAUUGGGAUUGAUGCUAGCCUGUGGAUGCACAGAGCUGGAAAGUCGCCAGAGCUGCGGACACUAUUCUUUCGACUGCGGACACUGCUGAAGCUGCCACUGCAUGCAGUCUUUGUCUUUGAUGGCCUCGAGUGCUUGCCUGACAAAGGCCACAAGGCUAGAAGCAGCCCCCACUGGCUCACUUGCGACUUCCAGCACAUGCUGGAGUUGUUUGGCUUUCACUGGACUGAGGCCCCAAGCGAAGCUGAAGCGGAGCUGGCUGCCAUGAAUGUCCACGGUGUCAUUGACGCUGUGAUGACUGAGGACAGCGAUAGGGAGUGGUACCAAGGUGCCAAUCGACGGUUCGCGUCAAAGUAUCACCAGAGGGCAACUAUUGCAUUGGAGUUCAUUAAUCAGUACAAAUCAAAUGAGGCACGCUUCCUCACAGCUUAUCCAGAGGCCGAACUGGGGCACACACAGUUGUUGAAGGCUAUUAAUAAGGCACGCACGGCGCGAGGGGAGCGUGUCUCUCGCAGCAAGCUCUUCCAGCUCUCCAACCAUCCCACAAAUUCGCCUAUUAUCCUACCACAGUCAUUCCUUAUCAGCUUCUCCCACAAUUCCCAGUUUUCAGCAUCUUCUCCUCCUCCCCAGCGCACUGAUAGGUGUUUUUCUCACGCAUUUUUCGAGCGGAUCUCUCGCAAACUUAGGGUCUGGUGGAGUUAUCGAGUUUUUGGUGUUUUUGAGAAGUUGAGGGGAGAUAAGGGUUUUCUGGGUGCUCAAAGGCCUGUCUCAUUUAGCUCUUUUGGCCAUUUACCAUCCUUCAGUGGCUCUGUCCAUUGCCCCAAUCCGCUUCUUGAUAGGACCAGCCCUUGUUGUCCUGCACCUUACCCCUUCCUCCUCCUUCCUCUUGCACCUCCGCACUUUGUUGCACUUUCACCAGCCCAUUUCGCAUCGGAACCCCCUCGACCCUAUAACCGUUUUGAAGCCCUCAUUCAUGGCUUUCAUUCGCGCCCAUCGGCGCCACGAUCCGCUGCGCCGUUCGCCCACCAUUCGCGUUUUUCGCCGUUCCUCUAUUUUAUCGCACUUUUACACCAUUUUAUCUAUAUCUUUUCACCCCUUCAUCGCGCACCUAUCAACCCUAUACUCAUUCUGACCGCAUUUGCCGCCGCUGUCCAUCCGUUCGAUCCGCUUCCCGAUACGUCCGCACGUUCCUCCGCAAUCCACCAUUCUCGCGUUUCUCUCCCUUUUCCACCAUUUCCCUUGUUUCUCACUCAAUUCUUGACCAAACCUAGUCGACCCUAUACUCAUUUCGAAGCCCUCGUUCGCCUCUUUCGAUCCGUCUACUCCCCCCUCGUCAUCCAUGCAACCAUCAUCGCAUUUUACAUCACUUUAUCAUCGCUGCUCCUCCAGUACUCAAAGCAAAGUCUGGAGAUUAUCGUUUUAUUGCAUUGCCUGACCCUCACUCACUGGCGCAGUUUACCUGGCAUACACGUCAAGGAAACAAAAGGUGUUUGA